CACGGCUCCAGCGGCUGCAGCAGCAGCAGCACAGCAGCAGCAGCAACAACAACAGCAGCAUAGCAGCAACAGCAGCUGGAGAGACCGACCGGCUCUCCUCAGCAACAGCAGCAACUGCAGCAUUUACAGAAACUGCAGCAGCAGCAGCGGCAGCAGCAGCAGCGCCGCAUUGUCGCUGCAGCAGAAGGCUGCUCCAGGCAAGCAGCCCCAACAGGAGCAGCAGCAGCAACCCCCUGCAGCAUCUUCGUGCUGCAGCAAGGCAAAGCUUCUUCUGCUGCAGCUGCUGCAGCGGAACUGCAGCAGACAGCUCGUGUUCGGUGGCCUCUGCUGCGCUGCUACGCUGAGUUGGUGGCAGCAGCAGCAGCAACACGUAGCACUCACAACAGCAGCAACAGCAGCAAAAGCAACAGCAGCAGCAGCAGCAGCAGUGGCAGCUUCCGGGGCGCCUGCUUAA